AUGGCGAAACGGAAGUCUUGGAAGUCCUUUCAGUGGACUUUCCUGUUGCUGUUGGCCUUUGCCCUGGCAUUUCUUUGGUUCGCAUUGCACCGGGAGCUUUUAACCGAGAAGCCGCAGACUGUGGAAGCCGAGCAGGAAGCCGAGGGCACAUCGAUCCGAGCAUCGGAGGUGUCCAGUGCGAGAGCAGAGGUGUCCAGUGUCCAGGCGCCCUCCAAGCACCCCGAAGCGGUGCCGCUGGUCCCGGCGCCGCCGGUCCCAGCGCCGACCGCAGAGCAACGCGCGGGUGCCGGGCGCAAGGAGCCGCGCGCGGAACCGCGCGCGGAGCCGCGGAGCGACGUAUUGACGGUGGCCUUGGCUGCGGAGAUGAAGCAACUCGAUGGCGUCCUGGUGGUGAUCAACUCCGCAGUCAGCAACGAAGGUGGGCGCGCCUCGAAGCUGCAGUUCCGGAUCUUGACGACCGAGACGGAUGCUGUGCCACUGGUGGAACAAGUGAAGCAAAGGCUCAAGAGGCCGUCGUUGGAUAUCGAAGCGGUGAAUUUCGAACCCUGGUACCCCCGCAUAGGCAAGCUCCUGGGAGGCAAAUCUUCUGCGAGGAAGGAGUUGUUUGACGCCUUGAACUUCGCGGCAUUUUACCUCCACGAAGCGCUGCCCGAUGCGCCUGGCGGACGCGUCCUGUAUUUGGACACGGACGUGGUGGUGACAUCGGAUUUGGCUGAGCUGGCCUCGUUCAAUUUGCACGGCUUUGCAGCUGGUGCAGCAGAGGAUUGCUCACAGCGGAUGGGCAAAUAUUUGGACUUUGAUCGCAUGCGGUCCAAGGCGCUCCAAAGUGAGCUGCCAAAAGGGCUCCAAGCCAGAAAGAAGGGUUGUGUGAUCAAUCGUGGCGUGGUGUUGUUGGACCUUGCAGUUUGGAAGUCUCAGAACAUCACGGGCAUCAUUGAAGAAUUGGUGCGAUUGCAUCUCACCAAAGGAAAAGGCCCUCUGUGGCGCGCGGGCGUCUCCCAGCCGCCCUUCCUGAUCGCGCUGGCGGGAAAGUACUAUGACCUGGGUGCGGAGUUCAACGUGCGCGGUCUGGGCCGUGGAGAUAUUGCGCCUGAAGAGGUGGACUUCCACAAAAAGAGGAGGCAGUGGGACCCGUACUUUGACAAGUUCUUGUACAAGUGCAAAUUCCACUGCUGCCCAGGAUGUAAAGGCUGGGCUUUGUCACCCUACAUCUCAGCCUUGGCGCAGAAGGCGAAGAUUUUGCACUUCAAUGGCCGGCUGAAGCCCAGCCACGCCGGGAAGCGUGGCCUCGAGAGAGUGGCGCCACCCGGUGAUCUAGGGGAGGCCGGGAGGGUGACGAGCGCGCUGCUCGUGAACAACGGCCGCUGUGCAGCUGUGGAAAGCAGAGUGCGCUGGACUUUGGUGGCAGUAUCUGCCGGAGUGAAAAUGACAUGCCAGGCUGCCCAGCAGUGUGAAGUCCAAGCAGACAGUUCUGAACUGUCAUGCCAGAAGCACUUGUUCUCCUUGCCGGAAGGGGUGGUGUAUCUCAAUUGUGCCUCGCGAUCGCCCAUGCUUCGCUCAGUUGAAGAAAUAGGUCACAAGGCGGUCUCCUUAAAGAACCAUCCCUGGCGCAUUGCGGAUGAUGGCAUUGCAGACCAAGCUGCUUGGCUUCGCGUUCGAGCGCAGUUCGCCCGGCUUGUUCACUGUGAUGCCAAAGAUGUGGCUUUGGUGCCCUCGACCUCCUAUGCGAUUUCUCAGGUGGCUCACAACAUUCUCAAGCUCGGUCACAUUCGAGCAGGCGAAGCAGUCAUCAUUCUCCAAGAUCAAAUGAGUUCCAACGCUCCCUGGCGACAAGAGUUUUAUGAUGUUUACGCCUGGCAACGCCUUUGCCGUGAGGCCUCAGCGCGGCUGGUGGCCGUGCCACGAGGACGAUCGGAAUCUCAAUGGAAUAAAGCUUUGGAAGAGAGCAUCCGUGCAGAAACUGCUGCAGGCCAUCGGAUCGCUGUGUGUGCGGUGCCGCACUUCUUGUGGACCGAUGGGUCUCCGGUGGAUCUUCCACACUUGAGGAAGGCCGCGAUCUCCACGCCCGGUGGGGGUUGCGGGGUUGAAACCAUCGAGCCGGAGGGAGAUAGGGCCAGCAGCCCCCGGGAACCGGGUGACCACCGUGCGUUCGGCGGUUCGGACCUCGCUGCGCAGCUCUUGGACGACGCGGCCGGUGUGGUUCCCAUCCAUGUGAAGGAUUGGAAGAUCGAUUGGCUGGUGCCCAUGGCCGCAGAAGUUUACGCGGAGCCGGCCUGUUCCGUGCACAAGUGGCUCUUCGGACCCUACGGACUCUCCUUGGCUGCUCGCUCGGGUCCGCGUGCGCGGUGGGAAGUGGACAGAACAUCGGACGGCAGGCCCUCACUGAAGACGAAGCAAUUGACCUUUGUCUCCCAUUCGCGGAUGCAGAGGGAGGUCUAUGCCUCUGAAGAAUGGAGUAAUGAUGCGAAGACAGAGCCUAUCGUUCAGGAUGAGCACAACCGCCUGGGCGCGGAUGGUGACGUUUGCUUGGCCUUUGACCUGGCACGCCCCGGUUACUCGGAAACCUUCCAGAACGGCGCCAAGAAGUUUGAUGCUGGUGGGAGGAUGAAUCCGAUUCUUUUGCCAAUGGUUGCUGGGGCCCUUGAACAGGCACUACGUGGGUCUGGAGCCGCUGGAAGAAGCAAGCUUGGAGCGAGCAAGUAA